GAUCUCUACACACCUACAACCCUUCUCUACCCGCCACAAGUCAUCCCAGAGCCGCAACUGGCUCUUCCUCAUCCGCCAUGCCUCAGAACGAAUAUAUCGAGCGGUGGACGAAGCAGCACGGCAAGCGUCUGGACCACGAUGAGAGAGUACGAAAGCGAGAGGCUCGAGAAGGCCAUGCUCAAUCAGAAAAGGCGCAGAACCUGCGAGGUCUGAGAGCGAAAUUGCACCAGAAGAAACGACAUGCCGAAAAGAUCCAGAUGAAAAAGGCCAUCAAGGCCCAAGAAGAGAAAGAUGUCAAGUCCGCCACACCCAACGAUCCUUCAUCCCAACCUUUGCCCAACUACCUCCUGGACCGAUCCCAGGCCAACAAUGCCAAGGCACUUUCGAGUGCAAUCAAGAACAAGCGAGCUGAAAAGGCGGCCAAGUUCUCUGUGCCAUUACCCAAGGUCAAAGGCAUCAGUGAAGAGGAGAUGUUCAAGGUGGUCAAGACGGGCAAGAAAACUGCAAAGAAGGGAUGGAAGAGAAUGAUUACACAACCCACCUUUGUGGGACCAGAUUUCACUCGAAGACCUGUGAAAUAUGAAAGAUUUAUCCGACCUAUGGGUCUUCGAUACAAGAAGGCCAAUGUCACUCAUCCUGAGUUGGGUGUCACCGUGCAGUUGCCCAUUAUCAGCGUCAAGAAGAACCCACAAAACCCUCUGUAUACACAGCUGGGCGUAUUGACCAAGGGAACCGUCAUCGAAGUCAAUGUUUCGGAACUUGGAUUGGUCACGACUGGAGGUAAAGUGGUUUGGGGAAAGUAUGCUCAAGUCACCAACGAUCCCAGCCGUGAUGGAUGCCUCAAUGCAGUUUUACUCGUCUGAUCUGCGAAGAUACCGAUCGGCAAAAUAACACAGAAACCCACCCCUCACACCAAUACUCAUUAGAAAAGACUACGACCACAUCAGGGGGUUACACGACAUCAAUCCACAGAAUCCAUCAUAGCUCCUCGGCAAAUAUCGAAUGGUCAGAAUAUCCCAUAGCCUUGACAGUGAUCUUGGCACUCUGCAACACCCUGCCUUUGAGACUGAGCGUUUGACCUGGUUUUUCGACUAUCCCAGCGAAGAAACACAAUCAGCAUUGACAAUCUGAACAAAAAAGUCAGCAAGGACUAGACCUUAACUUACAAACAUUGGUGAUCUGGGCAAAGACGCCAUAUGUGGCUUUGAAAUCAAAUCUCUUCAAGCGUUGCCAAAUCUGCAAGACGGUAUCUGGAGGCAAAGGGAUGUAAUUGGGAAUACUCCACAAGAACUGGUACGAGACAGUGUCUUGUCUCUUCCCGGGGUCUGGGUUAUGACCCGACGCCACGGCGAAUAUCGUGUCUGCGACGAAAAGGGUCGGGACAUCGGUAUUGGGCACGGCCGAAUGCAGGACCAUACUACCGGGAAAGUGGCCACCGCAUAUUGCAGCGGUGAUGCCGGGGAGUAGUUCGGUGUACGGGUCUUUGAGGAGUUUGAGAUUGGCUGUCGAAACGUCCUUUCGAUUCGCCCAUACUGAGUCCACUUCGGUCAUGUAGACAGGGCAUUUAAAUGUCGUUGACCAGUCGGCCCAUGUUCUAGAUGAGAUGUCAGCACGUGGCAGAUUGGAGGGAGAACAAAGAACUAGAAGAGAGAAGUCGUCAUGUUCAUCAUGACCAUGACUGACUUGUCAUCCAGGACAACCAACUUACGUGUAGAAAUGAGGAUGAGAAAUGACGAUAAAUUCCAACCCGC